AUGGAGAUCGUGGACACUACAGACAUAGAAGGAAACAAGAUAAAGUAUAAAAGAUACAGAGGGAGGUCAUUCCACAUGGAAACUUUUGGUGAUGUGGAAGAGCAGCUACGGAUUGUGGAUCAACUAAAGGCGCGACCUGAUGAUGUGUUUGUUUGCACCUUUCCAAAAUCGGGUACUCACUGGGUAGCCAAUAUAGUUCACUAUCUCACCACUGGUUCAAAGGACUACUUUGGAGAAGGAUUAACAUUGGAUUUCCAUGAUCUGAGCGCUGCCGACGAUAUAGCUGAUAGACGUAUUUUCGGCUCGCACUUCUCGUACCCUUUCAUCCCUGCAGCUGUCAAAGGGGGAACCGGAAAAGUAAUCAAUGUAUUGAGAAAUCCUAAAGAUACAUUUGUUUCCUUUUGGAAAUAUUUCAGCGCCAUGCACAAUGUAGGCUACGAUGGAACCAUUGAUGGAUUUCUCCGUUUCUUUUUGUCGGAUGAAUUUUACAUGUCCGCAUCAUGGUUCACCUAUGUGAAGGAAUGGACUGACUGUAGAUUAAGCAACUCGAACAUACAGCUCCACACAGUUUGGUACGAAGAUCUCAAGCAGAAUCUGUAUGAGGAAAUCGUCAAGAUAUCAACCUUUCUAGGCACAAGCGUCGAUGAAAAGUUUCUACGCGAGGUAGAGAGCAAUGUCUCCUUCACACAAUUAAAGACAGCACAUAACACCAAUGCCGGAGUGUCGGAUAGAUGGAAAGAUAUAUGUGAAAAUGGCCGACUACCUAUUUACCGGAAGGGUGUGGUCGGAGACUGGCGAAAUGAGUUGACUGUCGCACAGAAUGAACUGAUUGACGCUGCAAUUAAGGAAAAGCUUGAGGGUUAUAAUCUAAAUCUGAAGUUCGA